ACCAAAUUCGCCCACUUUUGCGAUAAGCUAUCUCUUGAAACGGAAGCAAAGACAACAACAAAUGACCAAACUCUAGUCCAUCACAAAAUGAAGUUGUGCUCUGUUUUGCUUUUCCUGCUGGUCUCCUCCUGCUGGUCCUAUCGCAAACGCCCCGAAGACAAAACCAAAUGUCCCAACGUCAAAGCCAUCAGGAACUUCGAUUUGGAACAGAUGAUGGGACGAUGGUACGUCAUCCAGUACUAUGCCAGUUCGGAAGAAGCGCUUUCGUACAGAUGCAUGAGGGCAGAGUUCAGCAUGUCUCCCUUUUUGGCCGACGUCACCAUGAAUUUUACUUAUAGUUUCACGGAUGAUCCGCUUAAUGAGUUGCUGCUUGGGAACAUCACGUGGACCAUACCGAAUCCGGGAGUGCCCUCACAUUGGACGCAUUCGGAGGACACGUAUGAGGGUGUGUACAACACGUUUGUUUUGGAUUCGGACUACACCUCUUGGGCCUUGCUACUCCACUGUGCCGAGAAAUCUAAAGUCCCUCGUUACUUAUCCAGCUUCAUAAUGAGUCGAGAACCAGUUCUCGGCGUCAACGUUAUUUCUUAUCUCCGAGAUAAACUACCAAGAUACGACAUAGACCUAUCUUACAUGUUCGAAAUGUCCCAAAAUGACUGUAAUUCGACGGUAAUCACCUCGGACAUACCUCCAUCACUCGUGGCCAAGCGACUACCACCAUCAUUACGGCGACAUCCCAUGAAACAUCACCAUUAGGCAACCACGACAUCACUUAACGGUACUUUACCAUAAAAAUAAACAAGUCUAGUUCUCAAUUAGUGUGUAUUAGAACUGGAUAAAAUAAUGUACAAUUUAAAAAAAAUAUAAUACAAUCGAUCACAAUUUAGUACUAAAAGUAAA